UGAGCUACACAACAAAUUAGCGGAGCCGAUUUAUUGGACCCAAAUCCGCCUCCAUUUCCUCCAUUAAAAUGCUGUAACAAAAAAUAUCUAUUCCUUCCUUCUCUUCCCAACGAAUUCUCCACAUUUUCCUCUUCAAAAAAUAUCCCAAUUCCUUUUCAGCUUUCUCUUUUUUAUCUGCAAAUAGCUAACCCUAAUCGACCAUUUCGAGAAGAAGGAAAAAUCCGCUCUCGUGGAAAUGGGGAUCAGAAAGCUGAACGACGGCGGCGGUUCGUCCACGCACUCACUGCCGCGAGUAGAGACCCCGCUCUUGUCCGGCGGCGGCAAGCCCGUCGUCCUCUCCUCUCAACCCAAAACAUUCGCCAAUGUCUUCAUCGCCAUCGUCGGCGCCGGCGUCCUCGGCCUCCCGUACACGUUCAUGCGCACCGGCUGGCUCACCAGCCUCGUCACGGUCUUCGCCGUCUCCAUCCUCACCUACCACGGCAUGAUGCUCCUCGUCCGCACCCGCAGGAGGAUCGAGGAAUCCACCGUCUGCUCCUCCUCCGCCAAAAUCACAUCCUUCGGCGACUUAGGGUUCGCCGUCUGCGGAUGCGUCGGCAGAUCCGCCGUCGAUCUGAUGAUCGUCCUCUCGCAAGCCGGAUUCUGCGUCGGCUACCUAAUAUUCAUCGGCAACACCCUCGCCAAUCUGUUCACCUCCUCCCUUGCGCUCGCCGCAGCAGCCCCUACGAUUUGGGGGUUUUCAGCUAAGACCUUAUACAUUUGGGGAUGUUUCCCCUUCGAAUUGGCGCUGAAUUCGAUCCCCUCGCUAACCCUACUAGCGCCGCUCAGCAUCUUCGCCGACAUCGUCGACCUCGCCGCGAUGGGGCUAGUGAUGAUCGAGGACGCGCUAUUGUUCAGCCGCCACAUGCCGCCGGUGGAGGCCUUCGGCACCUUCUCCACCUUCUUCUACGGCCUCGGCGUCGCCGUCUACUCGUUCGAGGGGGUCGGGAUGGCUCUCCCUCUGGAAUCCGAGAUGAAAGACAAGUCCAAAUUCGGGCGAAUUCUGUGCCUUACGAUGAUCAUCAUCGCCGCCAUAUACGGCGCCUUCGGCGUCAUGGGCUACUUCGCCUUCGGCAACGACACGCAGGACAUCAUCACGGCCAACAUGGGGAAGGGAUUGCUGAGCACCUUCGUGCAGCUAGGGCUCUGCAUAAACCUCUUCUUCACUUUCCCGUUGAUGAUGAACCCGGUUUAUGAGGUGUUUGAGAGGAGGCUUUGGGAGGGGAGGUACUGCAUUUGGCUGCGGUGGAUGCUGGUGCUGGCGGUGUGCUUGGUGGCUCUGUUUGUGCCGAAUUUCGCGGAUUUCCUGUCGCUGGUGGGGAGCAGCACCUGCUGCGUGCUGGGCUUCGUGUUGCCGGCGCUGUUUCAUUACCUGACGUUCAAGGAUGAGAUGAGCCGGAGACAAGCUGGUUUGGAUUUGGCAGUCAUCGUGUUGGGCACUUCCCUUGGUGUGGUCGGAACUUGGUAUUCCCUUCAGGAGAUUUUCUCAGUUAAGGUAUGAGGAACUCUCAUUAUUUCUGCAAGAUUCUUUACAUUUUCGAGUCUUUAUUUGGGGGAUUCCAACUUGUAGUAUAUGUAUACUUAUUGCCACUUGUUAUCAAUGAAUGUUAACUUUUUGCGAAAA